ACUGCAGAGGGUGCUGCAUUCUGUGUUAUUAUAGAUAGAGUGUUCUGCUAGCUUUCGUUUCUAAUUAAUAACGUUACAAAUUUAGUUAUUAAAAUGAUAAAAUCCACCUUGCAAUUGGCGAUACGUCCCCUUGCAAGGACAGUGAUUUCACCUGUUAAAAAGUCUACUGUAUUGCCAUGUAUUCAGUUGAUUGACAUUCGAAAUAUUCAUAUAACCUCAAAUGCAUCGAAGGAACUUCGUCAAGGAAAAGAGAAACUCAGAGUUAAGCCCGAAAAACCAUAUGUUGCUGAAGGAGAAGGAGUAACUAAUAUUUCUCUUAUCUCUGAUUCGGUAGACACCUUAUUUCCUGAUAUUUCUACACCAAAUAAGAUUUUUGAUGAUGUACCAUAUAAUAAGUUGCAUAUUAUUAAUAUAAAGGCAACAAAGAAUAAUACGAUAAUGACUCUCACUGAUCACAGAGGACAGGUAAUUAUAACACACAGCGCUGGUGUUGAAGGUUUUAAAAAUACAAGGAAGGGUACUAAUGUUGCCGCACAGCAAACUGCUAAUGUACUUGGGCUGCGUGGCAUUGAAAAAGGAAUUAAAACAGUCAGAGUAAGAAUACAAGGACUUGGGCCUGGUAGGGCGGGUGCUUUGAAAGGUCUUCAGCUUUCAGGAAUGAAUGUUGUUUCUCUCACUGAUGAUACUAGGGUAUCAUGGAAUCCUCCAAGACCAAGGAAACAAAGAAGGAUAUAAUUCAUAGAAUGUAUCAUCAGAUUUUCAAUAAAUUCGUUUAUAUUGAA